CGCUCCCUCCCGGGUUGCCUGGCGAAGUGGGAGAGGGAGGCGGGAAUCCGGCCUGCCCAUGAGCGACGCGGGGGACAGCCAAUAGGAAGAAGAGGGAGGGGUAAGCGACGCGAGGCGGGGCCAAUGACAGCGUUAGGUCGGCGGCCACGCCCCCCUCCCGGGUUGCCUGGCGAAGAAGCCUACUCGAGGCCUUGCUCGAGGCCUUGCUCGGCUGUGGGAAGCCGAGGGAAGCCGCCAAGAUGCCGCACGGCUUCAAAGCCGGCGACCUCGUCUUCGCCAAGAUGAAGGGAUACCCGCACUGGCCGGCCCGGAUCGACGAUAUUGUUGACGGCGCAGUGAAGCCCCCGCCCAACAAAUACCCGAUAUUCUUUUUUGGGACCCACGAGACGGCGUUCCUGGGCCCCAAGGACCUCUUCCCUUACGACAAGUACAAGGACAAAUACGGGAAGCCCAACAAGCGGAAAGGCUUCAAUGAAGGGCUCUGGGAGAUCCAGAACAACCCUCAUGCCAGCUACAGCGCACCUCCGCCGGUGAGCUCCUCUGAUAGUGAAGUUGAGGUCGAAGCUAUUGCUCAACUCGGAGGAGGAGGCGGAGGAGGAAGCGAUGGCGUCGAGGAGGAAGAGGAGGAGUCUGCCCCGGCGGCUGCAGCGGUCAGCGUGGUGGACGUGACCCCAGAGAAAGCGGACAGCGACGAGGAGUCGGACAAAGGCAGCGACCGCAGCGGCGUGAAGCGGAAACCCUUAGCUAUGAAAAUGCCAGCAGCAAAACGACCCCGGAAAUCAUCCAGCGACAUGGACCAGGGCAGCCCCUCUCCUUCGGAAGAGGAGAACUCGGAAAGCUCUUCGGAGUCGGAAAAAUACAGUGAUCAGGACUUCACUCCAGAGAAGAAAACUCCACCGCGAGCUCCACGGAGGGCCCCGGCUGGCAGGUGGAAGAAAAAGAAAAUCGAAUCUGGCUCUGACUCGGACGCCAAGGCGGACUCCGAAGAAGAGGAGGACGAGGAGGACAGGAAACACAACGCCCGGGCCCCCAGCCCCAAGUCGGACUCGGAUUCCCAUUCAGACGAGUCGGUGAAGAAGCCCUCGCGGGGACGCAAGCCAGCUGCGGAGAAGCCGCCCCCAAAGCCCCGCGGGAGAAAACCAAAGGUAGAGCGACUUCCCAGCAGCUCCAGCAGCGACAGUGACAGCGACGUGGACCGGAUCAGCGAGUGGAAGCGGCGCGACGAGGAGCGCCGCCGGGAGCUGGAGGAGAAGCGGAAGCGGGAGCAGGAGGAGGAGCUGCGCCGGCUGCGGGAGCAGGAGCGGGAGGAGAAGGAGCGGCGGAAGGAGAAGGCCGAGAAGGGGGAGGCCGAGCGCUCGGGCAGCGAGGACAGCAGCCUGGAGGCCGAAGCCCCCCGCAAGCCCAAGAGGGGCCGGCCGGCCAAGGCGCCUCCUCCGCCCUCUUCCUCCGACUCCGAAGCAGAGAAAGAGGUGAAAAAGCCUCAGAAGAAACAGGAAGCCUCCAGGAAACAGAGUCAGAAGGAGAAGAAAGGCCAAGGAGAGGAGAAGCCGCGGAACAGAGCUCUGAAAGCGGAACGAGGCAGGAAAAAGCCAGAGCCGAUCCCAGAAAGGAGAGUAGAGAAGAAGAAAGAACCGACAAUCGAGGAGAAGCUCCAGAAGCUGCACAGCGAGAUCAAGUUUGCCCUCAAAGUUGAUAACCCAGACAUCAAGCGUUGCCUGAACGCAUUGGAAGAACUGGGCAGCUUGCAGGUCACCUCUCAGAUCCUCCAGAAGCACACGGACGUUGUGGCCACGCUGAAGAAGAUCCGGCGUUACAAAGCCAACAAAGACGUGAUGGAGAAGGCGGCCGAGGUGUACACCUGCCUGAAGUCCCGGGUCCUGGGCCCCAAGGUGGGCGCCACCCCGAAAGCUGGCCGACCAGAGCCGGAGAAGGAAACGGGAGGAGGAGGAGACAAAGGCCCGGAAAAGCUGCCCGAAGGAGAGCGGCCGGACGAGAGGGGAGACGAGGCAGACGCCGACCUCCCGGCUCCUGUGAAUGGUGAAUCGGCAGCCCAAAAAGCGGAGGGCAAAGUGGAGAACCAGGACCGGGGUGACAACUGGACUUCCGGAGACGCCAAGUCUCCCGAAAACACCCACAACGAAGUGCGGGACUAUCCCAAGACGGAAGGGGUGGAACGGGAGCGGAUCCCGGAAGCCGAGUCGGACUCCGCAGACGAGGACGACGAGAGCUGAGGCCCGACGGGACGGAAAGCCCCCGCGAGAGGAAGGCGGCAAUGGCGGCGCGGCACCCAGAUCGAAGCUUUCCCAAGCCACGCAGUAGAUGACGUUCUAGGUCACAUGCCCCUCCAUCCUUGCUCGCUCUCUCUCUCUUUCUCUCUCUCGUUCCCUCCUUUCCAUCCGUCCCUCUUUCCUUCCUUCUUUCCUUCCUUUCUUUUCCCGGUCCUCUUCUUGCUUCCCGUCGUCGGUUUGUAUUGGUCCCGUUUAUUCUUUUCUCAUUUUUUUCCCUCCCAUCUUCCUCCACCCCUCUUGCCUUCACUCCCCGUUGUGAUUUCAGACAGACAUGAAAUGAAUAUAUAAAGGUUGGUUUUUGUUUUUUUAAUGAAAAAAGGCAUUUGUUUUUCGUCGCCUCUGGUUUUUCCUCUCCCUGGGAAAGAGAGGAAUGGAAAAAUGUUUUAGGUUUUGCAAAUGGACGGAGAGCGGUUCUCAACCUGUGGGUCCCCAGAUGUUUUCAACACCCAGAAAUCCAAACAUCUGGUUAAUUUGCUGGGUUUUCUGGGAGUUGUAGGCCAAGCAACAAAGGCAUGGGAUGAAAGUGCAGGGCUGUGUCACCAAUUACUUUCGGACCCCUGGGGCUAGACAUUCCCAAAGGCUUGUUUAAACAUCCAAGUCUUCAAUUCCCUCUGGAUGGAGGACAAUGUGGGGCCUGCCUAAUCUCCCUGGGGAGGGCAUUCCUGUUAAGAAAUGGUUAAAUUGAGACUCAAUCACCUCCUGGUCUCAAUUCGCCUCUCUCUGACGAUCUGGCGAACUGCUCAGUCGCACGGAAAUAAACAUCCAGACUUCCCAGAUGUCAGCUGUAACCAGCGGCUUAUAUUUUAUUGCAGUUCUGUAGAAUAUAUACACAGCUUGCCGGAGCUUAGCAUUUGUGCGUCCAACCUUCUUCAGAACACCGCAUGGGAAGCACAGUCACCUCCCACAAUCCAGUGCAGGACGAAUGUCCUGUUACCUAUCAGAAACCUUAAACAUCCAGACUUCCCAGAUGUCAUCUGAAACAAGCGGCUCAUAUUUUAUUGCAGUUCUGUACAAUAUAUACACAGCUUGCUGGAGCUUAGCAUUUGUGCAUCCGACAUUCUUCAGAACACCGCAUGGGAAGCACGGUCACCUCUCACAUUUCAGUGCAGGACGAAUGUCCUGUUACCUAUUGGAAACUUUUCACUAUUUUGCUCUAGUCAUAAAACUCUACUCUAUGCAGAUAACUCUUGCAUUACUGGGUUACAUGUUGCAUUACAGACACACACACACUGUCAGCCUUAAACGAUAAGCACAUAUUUCAAACUACACAAAAACUGCUCAGUUGCACGGAAAUAAACAUCCAGACUUCCCAGAUGUCAGCUGAAACCAGCGGCUCAUAUUUUAUUGCAGUUCUGUACAAUAUAUACACAGCUUGCCGGAGCUUAGCAUUUGUGCGUCCGACCUUCAGAACACCGCAUGGGAAGCUGUGCGAGGGCCUUCCCGGCCACCACUGACACAUCGGUGCUGGGUCCAGGAGGACAACCAAGACCGCACACCUAUGUUCUUGGGGAGUGUGACCCCGUCGAGCACACCCAAUAUUUUUUAUUUAUUUAUUUCUCACAUUUAUAUCCCGCCCUUCUCACCCGAAGGGACUCAGGGCGGCUUACAACAGUGGCAACAAUUAGAUGCCCAUACAAACCAAGAUAAAACAGCACAUAAAACAGUUAAAACUAUUAAAAUACAUUAUGAAUUAAAAAUAUACAUUUCAAACACGACUGACCAGGAGGAUCUCUAUCUUGUCUGGAUUAAGCUUCACCUUGUUAGCCCUCAUCUAGUCCAUCACAACAGCCAGGCGCUGGUCCAGGAAAAGGUGGCUCGGCUACAGAAUCCAAGCUUGCAAAGGGGGUGUUGGGUUUGUUUCCAGAGCGGACUUCGAAGUCCUCAGGACAGCGCAGCCCAUCAUCCACACAAUGCUCUUGACUUGGUUAAAAAAUUGCCCCCUAAAGAUCCAAACCACUAUGAAAGAAUCUGAACAACAAAACGACAAUAAUAUAGUAGUAAUAGUAACAACAACAAUAAUAAUAAUGUAAUAAUAAUAAUAGUAAUGAUGAUAAUAAUGUAUUUAUAUUCCACCCUUCUCCCCAAGGGAACUCAGAGCAGAUUACAGUAUAUAAACAAACACAGGGAAACGUUCAAUGCCUUGUUUCAACAAGACACACAUACACAGUCAAAGGCUUCUCCUUUCAUUUCCGGCUCUGGAGGCUGUGCUCAUCUCUUGCUCUGGGGGAGACAUUCUUUUCCUAGGGUGAGGAGCUUGUGUUGUUCUCCUGAUCGUGUGGCCAGCAUGACUGCUUGGAGCGUCUUUUUGCCUUUUCCCGCCGAAGCGGUACUUAUCUACCCACAUUUGCAUGUUUUCGAACCGCUAGGUUGGCAGAAGCUAGAGCUAACAGCGGAGCUCACUCCAUCCCGCGGAUACGAACAGCCGACCUUCAGGUCUGCAGUUCAGCAGCACAAGGGUUUAAUAAUAAUAAUAGUAAUAAUAAUAAUCAUAAUACUUUGCACCACCGUGGUCCCUAUUUAGGAUUCUAUGAUUCUAAAGUUAGUUUGGCAGGAGCUAGAGUUAACAGCGGAGCUCACUCUGUCCUGCAGAUACGAACAGCAAACCUUCAGAUCUGCAGCUCAGCAGCACAAGGGUUUAAUAAUAAUAAUAGUAAUAAUAAUAAUCAUAAUACUUUGCACCACCGUGGUCCCUAUUUAGGAUUCUAUGAUUCUAAAGUUAGUUUGGCAGGAGCUAGAGUUAACAGCGGAGCUCACUCUGUCCUGCAGAUACGAACAGCAAACCUUCAGAUCUGCAGCUCAGCAGCACAAGGGUUUAAUAAUAAUAAUAGUAAUAAUAAUAAUAAUAAUACUUUGCACCACCGUGGUCCCUAUUUAGGAUUCUGUGAUUCUAAAGUUAGUUUGGCAGGAGCUAGAGCUAACAGCGGAGCUCACUCCGUCCUGCAGAUACAAACAGCCAACCUUCAGAUCUGCAGCUCAGCAGCACAAAGGUUUAAUAAUAAUAAUAAUAAUUGUCAUAAGAUAUACUGCUGGCAUUAUAAAUUGGACACAGGCAGAACUGGACAAUUUGGACAGAAAAGAAAACUCGACCAUUCAUCAUUCACUACUCCCUCGCAGUGAUGUUGACCAGCUAUAUCUGCCUGGAAGAUCAGGGGGCAGAGUCAUAGAAUCAUAGAAUAGUAGAGUUGGAAGAGACCUCAUGGGCCAUCUAGUCCAACCCCCUGCCAAGAAGCAGGAAAUCGCAUUCAAAGCACCCCCGACAGAUGGCCAUCCAGCCUCUGUUUAAAAGCCUCUUUUAAGAGGACUCUUAAAACAAGCAGUCAAAGAAGAAGAACAUGCCCUGGCAGAAUAUGUAAAGCAAAGUGAAGAACCUGCUUUGAUUGAAGUCAAAAAUCAGAAACUCCCCAAAGUACAGCAGACAAAAAACCAGUACAAGAAAAACACACUACAAACUAAAGCUGACAGCUGGCACAACAAAACAUUGCAUGGAAAGUUCCUUAACAAACUUGAAGGAAAAGCUGAUAAGGAGAAGACCUGGCUCUGGCUCACGAAUGGGAUGAAUGAUAAUAAUAAUACUUUGCACCACCGUGGCCCCUAUUUAGGAUUCUAUGAUUCUAAAGUUAGUUUGGCAGAAGCUAGAGCUAACAGAAGAACUCAUUCCGUCCUGCAGAUACGAACAGCAGGACGGAUUCUAUGAUUCUUAAAGUUUGGGAGAAAACCAAUACGGAUAUCAAUAGACAAGAAGACUACCAAUCCCAGAAAAGAAGAUCCCAAUCACUUCUCUUAUUAUUAUUUUUAAUUGAGCCCGAAAACUCUCCCUUGGAGGCAGAGCAACACCUAGAAGUGCCGAUUUCCCAAACCCGAUCCAUAGAGUCCAAAGGCCUGUCGGUCUCUCAUCUGUCGUCCUCCUUGCAGCCUUGGGGGUCAUAGGCCUCCUGGAUCUUCAGGAUGUCCCACUCUUGGAUGUCCCACUUCCUGGCCGGGGUCAUGGCCUCCUUGACCUCCCGUUUGCUGGGAGCGGGAGGUACCGGCUUCACGUCUUGUUUGCUCGUUGGGGAGGCUGCUGCUCCCUCCGCUUUGACCUCGACGAUGGUGGCGGCGGAGGGUUCCUCGCUGCGGCUUUUGGGGAUAUAGGACUGGAAGAAUUUCAUGAUGUUCCACUCCUCCUGUUUCCCGGAAGUCUGGGACUCCCUCCUCUCCUUCCAGGACGGCGCUUCGUCCUCGCAGCCCAUUGGGUCGUACGCCCGCUGGAUUUUCAAGAUGUCUUCCGUUUUGGCUUUGCCCGACGGGCGCACCGCUUCCUCGCCUUCCUUCCGGGAAGGGGCUCCUUCCUCGCAGUCUUUGGGGCUGUACAUCGCCAUUUUCAAGAUGUUCCCCAUCUCUAUCCUCUCGCUGGAAACGCCGGAGUUGUUGGCGAGGUGGUUCUUCAAGAUGCUCUUUUCCUUCACCACUUGCUUUUUGGACGGCUCCACUUCAGGUGUCUUCUCCUUGAAGGAAGGCACUUCGAAGGGACAGCUUUUCGGGACGUAGGCCUGAAGCAUCUUCAGGACAUUCCACUCCUCUUGAUUGCUCGGCGGAGUCUCGCCUUCCUUCCUGGGAGGAGGCUCUUCGUCGCAGGCCCUGGGGUCGUAGGCUUGCAGGAUCUUAAGGAUGUCCUCCGAGUCUUGUUUGCCAGAAGAUGGAACCACCACCUCUUCGCUGAGCGGCGCUCCUUCCUUGCAAUCGCGUGGUUCGUACAUGGCUUGCAUUUGCAAGAUGUUUGUUGACUCCCAUCUACUGGAAGUUUGGACCGCGACUUCCUCCUUGCAACCUUUAGAAUCGUGGGCUUUCUGAGUUUCCAAGAUGUCCCUUUCCAGAUCCUCCUCCUUCUCCACUUCCUUUUCUUCCACCAUCUCUUUCUUCCCCUCGGCCGGUGGUGCUUUCUCGGGGCAAAUUUUGGGGACGUAUGCCUGCAACGACUGCAGUGUCGUCAAGAUAUUCCAGUCACCCAGUUGGCCGGAAGAUGCCACCUCUGACGUGCUCACCCGGGGUGCUUCCACACAGCCUUUUGGGUCAUAGUCCUGUUGGAUUUCUAUUAUGUCCUUCCACUCCGUUUGGCUAGGAGAUGUGGCCACCUCCACCUCCUCCCCAGAAGGCAUUCCAUCCUCAUAACAUUUAGGAUCAUGGGCUUUCUGAGUUUUCAGGAUGUCCCUUUCCAGAUCCUCUUCCUUCUCUUCCUUCCCCUCUUCCUUCUGUUCCAGCACCUCAUUCUUCUCCUCAGCUGGUGGUGCUUUCUCGGAGCUAAUUUUGGGGACGUACGCCUGCAACGACUGCAAUGUCGUCAAGAUAUUCCAGUCACCCAAUUGGCCGGAAGAUGCCGCCUCCGACGUGCUCAGCCGGGGUGCUUCCACACAGCCUUUUGGGUCGUAGUCCUGUUGGAUUUCUAUUAUGUCCUUCCACUCCGUUUGGCUUGGAGAUGUGGCCACCUCCACCUCCUCCCCAGAAGGCAUUCCAUCCUCAUAACAUUUAGGAUCGUGGGCUUUCUGAGUUUUCAGGAUGUCCCUUUCCAGAUCCUCCUCCUCCUCCUCCACUUCCUUCUCUUCCACCACCUCAUUCUUCUCCUCGGCCGGUGGUGCUUUCUCGGAGCUAAUUUUGGGGACGUACGCCUGCAACGACUGCAACGUCGUCAAGAUAUUCCAGUCACCCAGUUGGCCGGAAGAUGCCUCCUCAGACGUGCUCAGCCGGGGUGCUUCCACACAGCCUUUUGGGUCGUAGUCCUGUUGGAUUUCUAUUAUGUCCUUCCACUCUGUUUGGCUAGGAGAUGUGGCCACCUGCACCUCCUCUCCAGAAGGCGCUCCAUCCUCAUAACAUUUAGGAUCGUAGGCUUUCUGAGUUUUCAGGAUGUCCCUUUCCAGAUCCUCCUCCUCCUCCACUACCUUCUCUUCCACCACCUCAUUCUUCUCCUCGGCCGGUGGUGCUUUCUCGGAGCUAAUUUUGGGGACGUACGCCUGCAACGACUGCAACGUCGUCAAGAUAUUCCAGUCACCCAGUUGGCCGGAAGAUGCCUCCUCCGACGUGCUCAGCCGGGGUGCUUCCACACAGCCUUUUGGGUCGUAGUCCUGUUGGAUUUCUAUUAUGUCCUUCCACUCCGUUUGGCUAGGAGAUGUGGCCACCUGCACCUCCUCUCCAGAAGGUGCUCCAUCCUCAUAACAUUUAGGAUCAUGGGCCUGUUGUAGCUUCAAGAUGUCCGUCUCCCUCUCCUCCUCCACCUCAUUUGUAGAAGGUGGGGUUUCCUCCUUCUCGUCGCUGGGAACGUCUCCUUUGUCAGGGAGUCUAGGGAUGUAGCCCUGUAGGGUUUCCAGUAUGUUCCACUCCACUUUGCUGGAAGGCUGGACCUCCUCGUUCUCCUUCUUGGGAGGAAUGUCAUCCUCGCAGCCUUUGGGGUCAUAGGCAUGCAGUGUUUCCAAGAUGUCCUCCAAGUCCUGUGAAUGGGAAGGUGGAGCGACCUCCUCUUUACUCGAAAGGGUGUCAUCUUCGCAGCCCGUGGGGUCAUAGGUCUGCUGGAUUUGUAGGAUGUUCCGCAUCUCCAUGUUGGGUGGGAACUCUUCCCCUUCGUUCGGAAGUAGGCUGUCCUCGCAUAACGCCUGAACUUCUCCUGUUCUGGCUUCCAGAACAGGAAGGCGGUCCUUCAACCAGAGGAGCGCUUGGGGGCUUUGCAGCGCAUACUCCAUCAGCUCGUCUAAGGAGCCCUGGGCUUCGGCCAUCACCUCAAAGCUCUUUUUCAAGACGUUGCGGGACAAGUCCCCAAAACUCUGGGCCGAGUUGAAAUCGGAGCCGAGUUCGCCCAUGCGCUGGCAGGUCUGGUACAGCUUCUUCUGGAGAUGAGCAGGGAGGUCUUGGAGGUUAGCCAGGAGGUUCUCAUAGGUACCUUGAAGGUUGAGGGCCAGGCUGCGAGACAUCUGCAGAGCUUGGGAUUCCAUCUGUCGGAGAACCAAAAGGACAUUGGUUCAGCUUGGACAUUUUUUGAGUAACCCAAGAAACCCUGAGCCUUCACCACCAAUAAAAACCCAUCUUGCUUGGGGACUUCGCUCUCACUGAAUCCACAGCAAGUGGAGUGACUCCGGAUUCUAUUUCAAGGAGCCAUAUCUUAAAUUUAUGCCUACGAGGGAGACAGCAAGUAUUCUAUGCUGCCUCCUUAAAGGAAUUACAUUAUUGAGCAAGCUCAGUGCACAACCAAGCGCAUCUAUGGCAACCAUUAUGCAACUGGGGUUAAUGGCAUCACAGUUACAAGUCUACCUUUUCUGCCUCCCUUAACAAAGCCUCUGAGAGCAAACCUGCUACUUACAAAGUAUUUUACCUCCCUUAACAAAGCCUCUGAGAGCAAACCUACAAAGUAUUUACCUUCCUUAACAAAGCCUCUGAGAGCGGACCUGCUACUUACAAAGUAUUUUUACCUCCCUUAACAAAGACUGAGAGCGAACCUGCUACCUACAAAGUAUUUUUACCGCCCUUAACAAAGACUGAGAGCGAACCUGCUACUUACAAAGUAUUUUACCUCUCUUAACAAAGCUUCUGAGAGUGAACAUGCUACUUACAAAGUAUUUUUACCUCCCUUAAAGCCUCUGAGAGCAAACCUGCUACUUACAAGAAGCAUCAGGAGGAUGGUCAAGGAUGGUCAACAAUGCAACCAAACUUGAAUGGACCACUCAUGGAAUGGACUGGUUACGGCUGAAAUCGAAAAGGGUCAAAAGAACAGUGCAUGGGUUCUACUUGUAACUGAAAGGACCAAAACAGUGGACUAAGUAUCAAAUGAGUCUAAUGGAUCCUGCUUUUGCAAACCCGGGAAAUCUUUAGAACUGUUAUUCGGUGAUUGUGGAAAGAUGGAAUAAAUCAUUUGCUUCCAGCGUAUUGUUGUUGUGAGCUUGAUUUCAACUCCAAGAACUUCCAGCAUCAUGACUAUACUGCUUCCCCAAACACGGGACAUCUUUAUAACUGUUAUUCGGUGAUUUUGGAAAGAUGGAAUAAAUCGAUUGCUUCCAGCGUAUUGUUGUUGUGAGCUUGAUUUCAACUCCAAGAACUUCCACCGUCAUGACUAUACUGCUCCCCCAAACCCAGGACAUCUUUAGAACUGUUAUUCAGUGACUUUGGAAAGAUGGAAUAAAUCAUUUGCUCUCAGCAUAUUGUUGUUGUGAGCUUGAUUUCAACUCCAAGAACUUCCACUGUCAUGACUAUACUGCUCCCCCAAACCCAGGAAAUCUUUAGAACUGUUAUUCAGUGAUUUUGGAAAGAUGGAAUACAUCGUUUGCCACCAGCGUAUUGUUGUUGUGAGCUUGAUUUCAACCCCAAGAACUUCCACCAUCAUGACUAUACUGCUCUCCCAAACCCGGGAAAUCUUUAGAACUGUUUUUCAGUGAUUGUGGAAAGAUGGAAUAAAUCAUUUGCCUCCAG